CGGCCUGCCGCGUUGGAGUGCGGGCGUGGCCGUGGCGAGCUGCGAGAAGGAGAGCGUGCGUUCAGUGCGUCUGUGACACUCGAGCGGGAACCAUGUCCAAGUACCAGUACACGAGGUGCGAGUGCUUCUGGGAGUACCUGGUGCCCUUGACGCGCGUCUGGGGAGUCUUCACGGCAGUCGUGACAGGCGGGGUCGGCGUGGAUGUGGCGUUCCACCAUCACGUGAUGGGAGUGUACGUCAUGAUCGCAGCCGUCAUAGUCUUUCUGCUGGAGAUAACUUGGGCCAUCACGCUCUUCAUACAAGUGUGUCUAAGGAACGAGAACAGUCCGCUGCUGGCGUGCUGGGAGGUGGUGCUGUGGGUGGACAAGUGGAGGAAGACCAUCAUCUACACGGGCUUCUCCGUAGCGCUGUUCAUUCGCCCGCACCGCCUCUGGCUCUCUACGGUGGCAGGCGCGAUGCUGGUGACGCUGGCGUUCCUCUACUUGGUCCACUCGUUCAGACCCAAGUACCACAGCAAGGAGCCCUUGCUGGACAACAGGGAAGACAGCUACGACAGGUUCGAGGAAGCGGACGAGCCUGCCGGGCGCGAAGAGUCCAUCAUCGAGCAGGACGUGAUCCUGGAGAUGUGACGGGGCCACGGCUGCGGGGAGGGGGCGCGCCGCCCCUCCCCUGACCCCGCCCCUCGCUCCCCGCGCGGCGCCGGCGCCCGAGACGCCGCGGCGCCCCGCCAAGACGACGAGUACUAGAUCCGCGCUGUUGUCUGGAGUCGGGCAGGCGUGCAUGCAUGCCGUUAGAGACUUUGACUGUGGCCUCGUUGGACCACGCCUCGCCGUGAACGACCUCAAAAACCAAUAAUUAGGGACACCUGUAUUUCGCGAUUUAAUUUCAUAUCAAGGUAUUUCACAAAACACUCUAGCUUUUUCUAAGAGUCAUGGCCAGAGACCUGCAAAAUUCGCGGUUUCGAUGGCCUUCAGGAUAGACUGCACUCACACCUGUACACCCGGGCAAAUAACGCAAGUUCAUUGGCUGCCGACUUGUAAGUCGUCUCAGCUGGUUUGUCUGUGAUUCGAUCCUUCUUUGGUUGAGGGUUUAUAACUGGUUGAGAUUCGUCUAGAUGAACAGUAAACCAAUAGCAAAAUGAUCUAAGAGGUAUAUGUGUUUGAAUUCUAGCAAAUCACCGAAUGAAUCCGCGAAUUUUGCAGGUCUCUAGUCAUGGCAAAUUGUGAGGGUGCAGCAGUACGGUUACCACAUUCUCAUUGGCCCCGUCAAGAGUGGGACGUUACCUCUCACCGAUCUCAGCCAAUAACCACAGGAGAAAAGCUACAGUAUUUUGUGAAAUACCUUGACACGAAAUGUAUUCGCGUAAUACAGGUGUCCCUAUACCAACAAUUAGAGACUGGAAAAAUUCGCGCUUUCAGUGACCUCUAGGAUAGACUCCACAACCCCCUACUACACACUCAGGCAAAUGCCACCUGCUCAUUGGCUAUCGACUCAUGACAUCUGUCCACUGGGACGCUUGCGAUUCGAUAAUUUUUUUGGUUUGAAGGUUUUUCCAUUGGCUCAAAGUCCUUCAGACAAACUGUAAGCCAAUCACAGAAGCAACAUGAAGGUACAGUUGUUUGGAUUCUAGCAUAACGCGAAAUGAAUCCGCGUAUUUUUCCGGUCCCUACCAAUAAGAGCGUCACAAAAUCCGAACGAUCCUAUCGCGUGUUACCUGGCCGGAAGGUAAACUAUGGCAGCAGCCAAUGGAUAAUUUACGUCAACUGGUUUGUGUACAAGUGAGUGGAGUUCAUCCUGGUUUCCAAAAAAAAUUUAUUUUGCAUGUCUCUGCCAGUGGCGUAGCGUGCCAUCUCGGCGCCUGGGGCGGGAGACCAAUUUUGCCGCCCCCAUUCUAUAGGUGCUUAAUUAAAAUUAAAUUUCACAUGCAAUGAGGUACCUUUUAUUGAAGUUAAAAUAGGAUGAGCGGUUUUACAAGCGGAUUCUACGGGCCUUAUGAACAGCGAAGUCAGAAAUAACUUUGUCAAAAUCAGUAUUAGCAGCCAAUUCUUGUUCAAUCGACAAUAUAGCCAAGUUUGAUAGUCUAGCGGAGCUCAUAGUAGAUCUGAGGUAAUUUUUGAUUAGCUUCAACUUCGAAAAACUUCUCUCACAACUUGCAACACUAAUCGCCAAAGUCAAAUACUUAUAUACGAAUCAAGAUGACUAUAUUUGGAACCGAAAUUCCGAGAUUCAGUUUUUGAAUGAACUGGAGGAGCUCCAGUGGUCCUUUACCACUUAUAUCUUCCUCUGAUUCAGAACAGGCAAAAACAACACAUCUUUGAUUUCGGCAGGAGCAGAAGGCACGAUUUCAAUUAUGUCUUCUUUGUCAACAUUCACUUUUUAUGCAGGCUUAUGACUAGAUGCUUGAGGUACUUUUGAUGAGUCGACUUCGUCUUGACCCUGUUCUGUGGUGGGACCAGAACUACUUCCAACUGUGACGGCAGGUACGUCUUCUUCUUGUACCUGUAAAAUAAGUUAUGUAUUCCCAUGAAUAUUGGCCGGAGGACACGUUAGAAUUUCAAAUAAGUAUUUUAUCUAUCACAAAACAAAAGUGGUUUUGGUGACGGCGCGGUUUGCCGGGCUUAUAGGAAAAUUUACAAACAAAAUUGAUUUUGUAUGGCAGCUACCUUUUUUAGAGUUUCCCGGUAAAAACUGACUGAGUAAGCCAUGUUAUAGAUGUUAUUAAAAGAUAAAAUGACGAGAAAUUUGAGAAAAAUCGUUGACGCCAUUUUUGAGCUAAAUGAAAAAUUAUGUUUUCUUUGUGACAGGUACCAUAAAUAAUCAAGUUAUCCAAAAACAAAAAAAAAAAAUCCUAGACUACUACUAGAUUUACAAACAUCCCCUAUUGAAGUUUUAAAUUCAAGUAGCAGGACAAAAUUCAGUCGUAAACUUAAAAAGAUGUACCUUAACUCAAUGUAAUUUAUGUUAAUAUACUCCAUACUUUUUAAACAAUAAUCAAUGUUCAAACAGCUAUUAGAGAAAUUUUAAGUGUAUUAUAAAAUAAGAUUUAAUGAACGAGUGUGACUCCGUACUCGCAGACAAACCUAGGUGAAUAGGUUUUGCGAGACUAAUGUAAGAAAUAUUGUAACUUUUGUAAACAAUAAAUAAAUAAUAAUAAUAAAUAACUGGAGUAAUUCUAGGCCAUGCAUGAUUCUAGAUGGAGGAAUCAUAUACCUACUUACACUGGAAUCACUUCCGCUGCUGCAGGAUGCCACCGAAGACGUUAACGUGGCUUUCGAACCAGAACUGGAACUAAAAUAUUUCAGUAAUGCACCUUGAGACUUCUUCGCAUUUGAUUCUUUCUUAGCCUUUUUUUUUUUUUUGCGGAAUUCCGCACCGCUUUCUUUGACUCCUUUUCAUUUUCAAAAACUAGUUCAAAGAUUGGGUAAAGUUCUAAAUGUUUAGUUUUAGAAGAUUCAACAGUAUUUAAAAGAUCGAAACACAAUCAAAAUGACUUUCGUUCCGUAUCCGAAACUCUCGCGAAACAAACAUACGAGUAAAGCGUGAUUGCGUAACGGUACUUCACGAUGCACUAAAACAAACAAAGAUCAGUACUGUAGCAUGUGUGCUACAGCUGCUACCUUUGAUAAUGUCAAACUUUACAGUACAAUGCGUAGUACUAAAUUCAAUGAGUGCGAAAGAGAGGCAUUGACACGGGCCGACGCGUGAAACAAAAGAUUUUGUAUGAGUAAUUAACAUAAUAAGGAGUGCCGCUCAACUCGGCUCGCGCGCGCCGGGCGGCUCGGCGUGAUGCGAUGUUGCCAUUCGUAUGUAAACAAACAAACGUUAUAAAGAGCUCUGUCAGUGAUUUCGCAGUUUUUCUUUUAAAUAAAUAUUAAAAAAUAGUUGGUGCGCAAAAUUUUAGAUAAAAAUGGAACAUUAUAGUGUGUCUGACACAUGUAAUGAAUGAAUCAUAGAUCAGGUCACAACCCGCUUCACCGACGACCCGCCCCCGCGGGCUGCCGCCCGGGGCGGGCCGCCCCCUCCGCCCCACCCUCGCUACGCCACUGGUCUCUGCCCAUGAUUAGGUGCAUGUCUUUUUCGCGAAAAGAUUUCGAGAUUAGCUGAGAGUAAAAAUACUGUAACAUAGUAUGUUUUUCGUGAUUGGGAGAACUCAUUUCAGAUUCAUAGUUACUGUCAGAACACCAACCACAUUAACUCAGUGCGGAAGCAAACGCAUCCUGACUGGCUUGGUCAAAUAAGGCAAUGGCUUCUCUUGCAGAAGGUCGCCAAUUGAAAGGAAGAAACUGAUGGCGCAGGCAUAUCGUGUUGCAGUCUAAUGGGUGUUCAAAUCUUUUCGCGAAAAAUGCUUUCCCCUACCCAUGACCCAUGGGUAGAGCCACUAUCAUUUCACUCCAUGCUGGAAUCAAAUUGCAUGUAUACAAACAAUCAUUCUAAGGAUGUCCAUUCGUCGAUAACGAGAUCCUUUGGUGGGUUACAAGUAAUUGUGUAACCAUCCAUCUCCUAGUUUAAAACUGGCUCGGUUUCGUCAAGGGUAUGUCAAGAGCACUGUAGUCUUAUCACAAACGUAAAACAUGCAUAUAUGCUUUAAGUCUCUUUUGUUGCCCAGUUAGCUCGCGAAAUAAUAAUGGCACUAUUCAUGGAUAGUCUGGAAAGAUCGUAAAUAAAUUAUGUCCAUAUUCAAAUAAUUAAAUUUCAUACUAUCCAGCAAAAUCCUUUUUUGGAAAGAAGGUUGGAUGUGACUGCUACGAACGAAAAAUGACAUUUACUGAUUUAUAUACAAGUGCUUAAAUUCUUGCCUCGUGUCGAAAAAAAAAUGCGCAAAUUUAGUAUGUCUCUAGUUAUUUUGAGAAUAAUUCGAUAUCUGAUGUCCGUAUUAGCUGCUGCCACUUUUGAACCCUCCAGCCGGAUUGCAUAUGUUUGGGUCAUUUGAAUUUUGUAAUUUUUUUUAUUUAUUUGUUGACCUUCGUGGCGUGAACACAAAUUUCAAAUGAUCCAAUGAGGAGGCAGGUCAAGUGUAUAAUAGUAUGCAUUCCCGUGUCUCUUCGAAUAAUAACGUAUGUUGCAUAUCUAUUAUGACAACACAGAUCACGCAAGCCACGUGGGCCCAAAUUUUAAGCCUCGGACACUAACUUUGAAAGCAGUUGAGAACCUGGGUGUCCUAACGACCUUAGUUAACAAUUUGUUUUUUAAAAAUUAAACUUAUAUUUAAUCAAGCCUAUUUAGCAAGCUUGUUAAUCAAUAACAAGGUAAAAACCUUUGGCAGGUUACCUGUUAUUGGGUAAACACUUUUUACCUUGUUUUUAACUGUCUCAAGGCCAUCAAUGACGUGUCUAGGUAAUGCAGUCCAAUCAUCGACCUGAAGCUCAAAGUGGUCAAAGUCUACUUCGCUAACAAAAAAAAAAUCUUUGAUAUCCUUGCAUCUCUGUUAACAUCCUGACAGUUACUCUAGCUUCACUAUGUUCACCUGUGAAUGUUAGACGAAAACCAUUUUAUUUAAGAGAAAGUAUAAACAAAUGUGGGUUUCAGAAUAUACAACUGUUGGUGGACUAACUACUCAAGUCAGCUUAAGUCUUGUGUACACCGAUGUCCUCAAUUCAUACUGAUGUGUCAUUGAUAGGUGUUAAAAAUAUCCUAAAACUCCUAACAGGUGAUUGCUUAAAAAAAGCAGACGAAAACAUACAACUAUUUCUAUGUAAAGUGAUCAUGGGUAUGUCUAACUUUUAUUUCAGUGUUUUUAUAGCACUAUGCCACCCCCAUUUUACUGCGAAGGAGAAUUUUUCUGUCGGUCAUGUUUUCACAGGUUUAAGAUAGCUGUUAUAAAAAAAUACCAAUUUGUUAACUACCUGCCAUUUGUCUUCGAUAUUUAACUUAGAAAAAAAAUAUUUUAAAUUUAAUUUUUAUAGUGCAUAACUCUUUUAAUAAUACCUUAGGAAAAUGUUGUAAAUAUGUUAAGUUUUACUUUCUCGUGAGUAAUCACUUGUCAGUAUCGAUGUGUUUUGGAAACAUUCUGUAUAAAAUUGCGGAUCAAUUCGGUUUUAGAAAAUUUUAUUCCAGAUCCAAGCUUCGUGCAAUUUUUAAAAAGUCAGUCAAGUUUUCGUAACUAACAAUUUUUUUACGUCAUGUACUUCUAUUUUUAAACAUCUGGAUCACGCACAUAUUUUAUGUUCUUCUAAUGGUAUAGAAUUUUAUUUAUACUCGUUAUUUCAUACUUUUAACUUUUUUAAAUUUUUGUAAUUACUUCUCUUUUGUUUGAUUCAUGGAAGUUAAAAGUAAAUCAGUGGGUUCAUAACAGCAAUAUUUUCCAUGUUGAGAAUUGAAGGUAAAAUGAGAACAGCCCCUUUUCCCAUUACGUUUAACGAUAAUUUAUUGCUGAUAUGAUGUUAACAUUAUUGCAAAUGCAUACGCAUACUCUUUUCAUGGGGGUAUUUUUACUAUUUUUUCCUAGCGAUUUACUAUCGAGAUAUUAACAAAAUCUUUUAGCAGUGGUCUUCACACAGCUCAAUUGAUUUUCCUUACCAAAGUUACUUCUACUUAAGAACAGACACUCACUCCAUGGACCCUUAAAUGUAUGGCUUAUUUAUUGAGUAUUCUUCUACAAAUAAGAAACUUCUAUGAGUGGCGUUACUAAAAUUAGUUUUGGACUAUGUUUUUGCAUUUUAAAUUGAAUAUUGUUAUUUGGACUUACUCUAAUAACAUAUUCUCGGUUGUGACUGUCUCAAAGAGCAAAUCUAAAAACUAUUUUUUCUCGCCAUUUUUAUUAUUCAAGUGAUAGUCCUGAAACUUUGUUAUUCUCUUCCAUUAUAUAUUUUUUCGCAAUUGACAGCCCUGCGUAUUUGAGUGAUAUUUUAUAGCUCGCAAAUAACGUUUAUUAAAUAUGAUAAAAUAUAAAUUCAUAACAGAUAUUACUUGAUUGACCAGUCGUCAGUAUAUAAAUAAUUAAUAAAUUGGUUUAACAAUUUAUAACAAAAAAAACUAAAAUAUGGGGUACCUAGUUUAAGAGAUAAAGAACUGAAACAAAAUUGAAGUUAUUACUUAUGAAUUAAAACGCUGCGUAGUGAAAAUUCAUUUAAUAAGCUAGAAAUGUGAGUCUAUUGUCAGAAAAGAAACAAUCCUUUUAGAAAGGACAACUAUAAUUUGAGAUUAAAGGUAUUUAUUUUUAGUUAAAUUAUUCUUACUUGCAGCAGUAUUACUGUUUUAACUUUAGUUUGUGGUAUGAAAUAAAACAGCAGACUCGUUUACGUCUCUGAUUGAAAAAAGAAGUAGCGUAACAUGCAAUUAUAAAUAAACUAACAGUCAAGGUUGACUUGAGCUGGUCUGUAUUUAAGUGGCUUAUAUUUUUCUAAUGGAUAUAAUAAUCUUGUUGGUGGAAGCAGUCAUUUGCUCAGUGGUGUUAUUAUGUUACAUGUGCAGUUAAUAUGAAAGUUUUAAGCAUGCAUUAUGAACAGUUGAUAAUCUAUUUAGCGUCAAAUCAUGGGAUAAGUGUCUUUCACAUUAACUGCACAUUUAAAGCCAAAUGUAGUUUUAAAUAGAUCAAUUUAUAAUUAUUAAAAAAAUAAUAACUUUUACUCAAAUAAUUUUUAGAUAAUGUUUUAAUUGCAGAUUAUUCAGUUUAUGCAACACUUUGGAAAAAAAAUCAUUCGCUCAUUGCUUGUUUGAAAAUUAUUUAAAUUAAUAUAAAUAAUUUAAAGCAAGACCGGGACAUUGGCCAUAUUACUCAAAAAGUAGUGUUUGGAAACUAGUGCAGAAACUACCUUGUGCCUAUGUGUUUGCUGUUUUCAUGAAACACGUUCCAGUGUGAUGUGGUUAAAUUAUAGUGAUUAAUUUCUCAUCCCGAUAAAUUUAAUCCAGUGAUAUGUAGGCCUGAAAAUUAUUAAUUUGAUAUAACUCAUAAAUUCCGAAAAUAUUUAACCUCAGUUGUAAUAUUAGUUUCAGUCUAAAGUAAAAAGUGUGUACAUUUAUUUAUAUUAACAGAUAAGUAAACACCUGGAAAUUUCGCAUUAUUAUUAGUAGAGAUACUUGAAUUCGUACCGUUCUAAACUUGAACUGUUUUCCCAUUGGACCACAUGAAGUGCGGAUACGCUUGGAAGGACCAGAAAGCAAGAAAAGCGUUACAUAAUUCAAAUGACUCAAUCCGAUACAAUCUGGCCGGAAGUUCAAAUGAGGCAGCAGUCAAUGGAUAAUAGAAACAGACUUAUUUCUAUACAGGUGUGUGGAGUUUAUAAUGGCACCAGAAAUAUAGCAAUUUUUUAUGUCUGUAAUCAUCAUUUUAAUAUGUGUGAAAUAAUUUAUAAAUCUUAUUUCUUUUGUGAAAAAAGUGGCACCAAGCUAACGCUUUUUUUUUUAUAUAUAUAAUCAGGCAUUUCAGUAAACGUGAUUAGUCAGCACGACAUUUUUAAGAGCAGUGAAGAUAUCAGUUACAUCGUGUAGAUGCAAAUGGGACACAUAAAGCAAUAGUGUUAUUACAAGCUUUCAUUUAACGUCACAUGUUUUUUUUUUGUUUGUUUAGAUCAAAUCUUGCAAGUUUCUUUAAAACAACUUCCGCUUGAAAUAGACGGCUGAAAUUACACAUACUUGUUCAGUUUUGAUGACAGUAAAUUUAUUUCAUACACAGAUUCUGCCAUUUUAAAUUUUGGGCACCAAAUGGAAAGUCCGUUAUUAUUAUUAUUAUUAUUAUUAUUAUUAUUAUUAUUAUUAUUAUCAAAAAAUGAUUUUAUUUUUUUUUAAUUUUUAAAAAAAUACCUUAUUAAAUUAUAAUAAUACUUUUGUACAAACGGAUUCCGCCAUUUUAAUUAUGGCCGCCAUCUUUAAAUUUAGUCAUUAUUAUCCAAAAAUUUAAAUAAUUUAAAAAAUUAUUACAAAAUUCUUUAUAAAAUUUUAAUUGGAAAACUACAUGGAGUCCUGGCUUCGAACACAGUUUAUUACGCACUUAAUAUGUCUAAAAUUUGUAACAUUUGUAAAACGUGAACUCGGCAGUUGGGAAGCUUUCAUUUCACCCGAAAAGUUACAGAGUUCUCGGAAUUUUACUGUCAUAAUGUAUUUUAACCAACGCUAUUUUACUUAUAAGUACAUUUUAAUAGAAGUUUGUUUUUAAAAACAAUGUUUUAUAUUUAAUUUAAUUUUUAAUUGUUUUUUACUUUAUUUCUGUUCGGUGCUUCAAACUUGGAGUAAAUAGUGUUACUUAAAUUAUUUUUUGAACAAAUUUACCAUUUUUUUCAUUUAUUAGGACCAUAUGAGAAAAAAAAAUUUCAGGGUUAGGUGAAACGAAACUUCGAAUACAUACCAUCAACUCUUAAGAAUUCGAAAGAUUUUAUUUCGAGGAAAAAGAAUUUUUUAAAAAUAUUUUAGGUAGGAAAAUUCAGAAAUGCGCGUGUAGUUGACAAUGACAUUAUUUAUCUCUAUAUAUUUUAACAAAUAAAGGGUUUUUUUUAUAUUUUAAACCAUGUUCAGUGCUAUAUUUGAGUGCUUCAGGGAAUAUUUGACAUAAAAAUGAAUUGUUUGUAUCCUAAACUUAUAAAUAUGAAUUAUUUAUUUUAUAAAUAAAACUUUAAUAGUUUGAAGUUUUUUAACUUUAAUUAAUAUUGUAUUAUUCCUCCCUCUGGAGAUAUUCAUUUUCGAGGCACUCUUAAGCAUCGAAUUAGUAGUUUGUAUUUGCGAGCGUUUUUUUUUCAAUUUUUAUUCUUGUGACGUGAUUGUAAAAAAAAAUUUUUAACACAUAUGAUUGGCUUAUGUAACUUAAUAAUGUGUGUGCAAUUUUUUAUACUGUGUAUCAAUAACUAUUUAUAAAUAAAUUACUUUUCGCUGCUGUUUUGUAGCCUACAUAACAAUUUCGAUAAGUAGUCUAUUACUUGCAAGUGAUUAAACGAUAAAUAUAUAUGUAUGCAAGAAAAAUAAUAAAGU